AUGUCAGUUACUACAGCUGCUCCCCUUUUGGCUUUGCUGAAAGAAAAGGACAAUUCGGUCAAGUCAUUUGCUUUAGAAUCGAUUAACGGAGUUGUUGACCAGCUAUGGUCCGAGAUCUCAAAUGAUAUUACAGAUAUAGAAGCUCUCUAUGAUGACAACUCAUUUAAGGACCGCAAAUUGGCAGCUCUAGUUGCCUCGAAGGUGUAUUACAAUCUUGGUGAUUACGAGACAGCUGUGAAGUUUGCUCUUGCCGCGGAAGAUUACUUCAAUUUUGAUGAAAAGUCACAGUUCGUGGAAACGAUAAUCUCACAAAGUAUCGAAAUGUACAUUCAACUUUCUACUAAGAGAUAUGAACUUAAUGAUUCAAACUCAUCAAUUGACCCACAAUUGACACUUAUAUUUGAAAAAAUGUUGGAAAAGUGUGUUAAAACUGCGGAUUACAAAUUGGCUUUGGGCAUAGCUCUCGAAAGUUAUCGUUUAGAUGUUAUUGAAACAAUAUUAAGGGAAAGGACUGCCGAUGAUACAGAGGCAAAUGCCUUAAAAUUGGUGACGUAUGUUCUUUCUGCUGCUUGCACAACAGUAACCAGUACCCCUUUCAGGGUGAGCAUUCUGAAAAAGCUGUUCGAAAUUCUAAGUUCGUUGAAAAGUCCCGACUAUUUCACGAUCUCAAAGAUUAUCGUAAACCUGAAUGAUACAAAGUUGGCUACUGCGUUGUUCGAGAAACUCCACAGUGAAGAAAAUAUCGAAAUAUCAUAUCAAAUCGCUUUUGACUUGGUUACAUCUGCAUCUCAAGAAUUGUUAGGAGGGCUCAUUUCAGCGCUUGAUGCCCAGAAGUUUGACAAGAAGUUACUGGACAUUUUGUCAGGCAUACCGACUUGCGAUUAUUACAACACAUUUCUAUUUAGAAAUAAAAACAUAGAUUUGGGUUUAUUGAACAAAACCAAAUCAUCCAUGGAUGGUAAAUUUUCAUUGUUUCACACCGCCCUGAGUGUUUCUAAUGGAUUUAUGCACGCUGGUACUACUGACGAUUCUUUUAUUAGAUCCAAUCUACCAUGGCUAGGUAAGGCUCAAAAUUGGGCGAAGUUUACUGCGACAGCCUCUCUUGGAGUCAUCCAUAAGGGUAACUUGUCCGAUGGAAGGAAGAUUAUGGAGCCAUAUUUGCCCGGAAGCCGUGCAGCAUCUCGUUAUAUCAAAGGUGGCUCUCUGUAUGGGCUGGGUUUGAUUUUCGCUGGCUAUGGAAGGGAGGUUAUCGAUUACCUGAAAACUCAUAUUACUGAUAAUAGCUCUUCUGUUGGGGACGAUGAUGUCGAUGUACUUCUACAUGGUGCUUCAUUAGGUAUAGGUUUAGCAGGUAUGGGGUCUGCGAACAGCGAAAUCUACGAGGCUCUAAAGGAGGUUCUGUAUAAUGAUUCAGCCAACUCAGGCGAGGCGUCGGCUUUAGGUAUGGGCCUUAUCAUGCUGGGCACUGGAAAUGAAACCGUAAUCCACGAUAUGUUUACUUACGCCCAGGAAACUCAACACGGUAACAUAACUCGUGGUUUGGCUAUGGGUCUAGCAGUUAUCAACUACGCUCGUGAGGAGCUGGCCGACGAAACUAUUGAACAGAUGUUGAAACAUGAAAAUGGGCUAUUACGUUAUGGUGGUGCUUUCACUAUUGCAUUGGCAUACGCCGGUACAGGUAACAACAAGGCUGUCAAAAAAUUAUUGCAUAUUGCUGUUUCAGAUUCCGAUGACGAUGUCAGAAGAGCGGCUGUCACUGCCCUGGGUUUUGUCCUCAUUCGUGAUUAUACGACUGUCCCUCGAAUUGUCGAGCUGUUAUCGGAGUCCCAUAACGCACAUGUUCGUUGUGGUACUGCUUUCGCAUUGGGUAUUUCGUGUGCUGGGCGCGGCUUCCAAGCUGCUGUCGAUGUAUUGAUACCCUUGACUAAAGACCCAGUUGAUUUUGUUCGUCAAGCAGCAAUGAUUUCUUUGGCAAUGGUUCUCAUUCAGCAAACAGAAAAAACUAACCCAAGGGUUAAGGAGAUCAACGAAUUAUUCAGCAAUGUGGUUACCAACAAACAUCAAGAAGGGUUAGCGAAGUUCGGUGCCUGCGUUGCACAAGGUAUUAUGAAUGCUGGUGGAAGAAACGUUACUAUUCAACUUGAAAACGUUGAGAUGGGCACGCUGGAUACUAAAGCCGUCAUUGGUUUAGCCAUGUUUUCUCAAUUUUGGUAUUGGUUUCCAUUGGCUCACUUCCUAUCUUUGUCAUUCAGUCCUACCACAAUUAUAGGUGUUCGUGGUGAAGACAUCAGUAUCCCUUCGUUCAAAAUUAACUGUCACACCAAGCCAGAUAUUUUUGAUUAUCCACCAAUGUUUGAGGAAAAUACAGACAAAAGUGUUGAAAAGGUAGCCACAGCGGUCUUGUCUACCACAGCAAAAGCUAAGGCGAGAGCGAAGAAAACUAAAAAAGAGAGUAAAGAAUUUAAUGUUGAGCAGUCCAAGAAAGAAAUCAAAACAGAUGAGAAAAAAAUUGAAAAGAAGGAAGGUGAACCUGAAACAAAGGAUGAUGAUUCGUAUAAGGUGAAAUAUAUCAGCAAACCUUACCAGAUUGAAAACGCUUCGCGCGUGCUACCACAGCAGUUGAAGUACAUUGCUUUUUCAAAAGAGGAACGUUUUAUUCCGGUACGUAAAUUUAAGGGUAGUAACGGUGUCGUUGUGCUGAUUGAUAAAAAUCCAAAUGAACCUGUCGACUUGAUCAAAACCGCCAAACAACUAAAGGACAUCGAUGCACCUUUGCCAACACCUUUCAAAGUUGAGGAGGAGUUGGAUUUUUCUAAAGUAUAG